AAAAUGGUUAACUUUCGUCCACUGUGGACGUAAUGACGUAGCCUAGUGUCAUCCUUGAAACUCAACACGUGGUUCACCUUAAGGACAAUAUCUUGCUUUUACUGUCAAUUUAUUUGUGUUGAGUGGUUUUUACCGACCACUGCUUAGAUAUCCUACUGGAACUUGGAUGAAAAUUCCAUAUCCCUAUUCCAUAUCCUGCAAUUCCUUCACCGCGUACUGGCAUCCUACGCAAAAUUAGGACAUCACCCUUGAGCUGGUAUUGAUCCGGUAAGGUAGACGGUCAAGUCUCCUCUCUCCAUCCCACACCUCCAUCACAUCACCACACUCAUCAUCCUUCUCUCUCCUCUUUCACCUCAUCCUCCUACAUCAUCCAUUCACCAUGGACCUCUACUUGCCCAGUACGGAGCCUGGUCUCACCCUGCAGGAAAUGAUAGACUGCGACAUCAAGUGUGGAAUUGAUUUUAACGAAGGUAUGGACGCCAUGAUCACCUCCUCCGAUCUCAACUCCUUAGAUUUAUCGGGUAUGUCGUCCCUAGAGGCCGAGUUAGACUUGAAGAGCUUCGAGCCCCUGUUCGACCCUUUAGAAAAGCUGGAGGACAUGGACACGGUGGACGACCACACCGCUGACGAGUUGAAUGCCGUCAACUCGUGGAUGAACAUGUCGUCGAUGAGCAAUUACAACAUAGAUUUAGAAAAUGGUAUAAUGGUCAACCCUUCAGCCGUACUGCCAACUACGCUGCCUUCUACAGUAGUCAAGGAAGAAGUCAUAACAAGUUCGGCCACAACAAGUACCUUAACCAAACCCACACUCCUCAUCAAAACUGAGCCCCAGCAGUCAGUUACCACAACUGUUCAGAGUCCUCAGUCACAGCCCUCCAAUGGUGCCACUGUUACCACUCAAGUCACAGUCAUGAGACCUCAGACAACCAUUGGGCAAGCCAUCAAGCAGCAGAGUCCCCUGGUGUCAUCGCAGCCCGUGUCCCAGACAGCAGCUCUCACAACUGUCGCAGCUAAGCCCACAUUAACAACAGCCUCGCAGUUGGUUGUACAAGCAUCGCAGAAGCCGUCUGUGCAGAUGAGCCUGUCCUCAUCCACCCCCAAUACACCCACAACCCCAGUCAUAACUGCUCGCACAACCACCAGUCAUAACAUUAUUAACAACAGGUAUAAGACCACCGGCAAGCCCCGUAAAGAUCUCCGCCCAGAGGAAAAGGUUUUCCCAAAACCGGCCUACUCGUACUCCUGUCUCAUUGCUCUAGCCCUUAAGAAUAGUACAACAGGCAGCUUACCAGUCUCAGAGAUAUACAGCUUUAUGUGUGAACACUUCCCAUACUUCAGAACAGCACCCAAUGGUUGGAAGAAUUCUGUGAGGCAUAACUUGAGUCUUAACAAGUGCUUUGAGAAAAUAGAAAAGCCUGUUGUAGCGGGAAGUAACCAGCGGAAGGGAUGCCUGUGGGCCCUGAAUCCCGCAAAGGCACAUAAGAUGGAUGACGAAGUUCAGAAGUGGAGCAAGAAGGAUCUUCAGGGUAUUAAAGAUGCCAUGCAGUAUCCAGAGGUUUUAGAUGCCUUGGAAGGAGGAGAAAUGAAGUUUGAGUACAGCAAUUGUGGUGUGUCAUCCUGUAGUGAAGAUGAGGAUGAAGAUGAAGAGGUUGAUCCGUUGUCAGUUGAUGCCUCUUCAAGCUCAACAGUAGGGUCAGUGAAGGUAAACUCUUUGACAUCUACAGUUGUUCCCAACCAGAGAGUUCAAACUUCAGUGAACCAUGUCAGACACACUGUACAAAAUGUCCGCACCUCAUUACCAUCUAAUUUAACGCACACAACCCAAAGUCAAGCCAACAUACGGCCAGCAUUCACCACUCAGUCGAUCAAGCGAAGCCAAGUAACCUCAUCGGACGAAACUGAAUUGAUCUUGCCCGAUUCUACAAUGACUGAAAUCAACUUACAGACAAAUGGCUCUGUUGUUGAUGACCUUGGUAAUGAAAUAAAAGUUGAAGAGGAGCCCUCUUCAAUUACAAGUUCGUCCCCUCGUGGUCUGGUGGUACGCAAACUGCCAGGCAUAACACCCCUCAGGUCAGCUACUGUUCGCGCAAACUACGUCUACACCCCAACAAUCUCUUCACCCCAUCAGCAGCAUCAUACACUAAAUAGACUGGUCCUCACCAAUGGGAAAUUAUCAUAGUUUGUUUCUCCAAAACAAUCUCUUCAUUUUUAAUGUUCUUGUUCAGUAAUUUUUUGAAUUACUUUUCUUUCAUCCAAAAAAAGUAAAAAUGAUAAAAAAAUACCAAAAAAAGAAAAAAUGUGACAAAUAUUUGUGUGAUGCUGAGUGAUGCGAUUAAGUAGAAUUUGUGUCUGAACACAAGGCCAAGAGAGAGUAAGGAUGGAUAAUCAUUGUACAUUUGAGUCGGUGAUCAGUAUAUAUUUGAUGUUUGUGUAUACUUAUUGUGAGUGGAGAGUACUUGUGUGUUUGAGGAGGGGAUUGGAAAAGGUGGCUGACCUGGUGCGCAUAUUUUUCAUUUAUUUUAUGUACAUGUACGAUUGCAAAGUCAAAUAUUUUCUUAUUUUGAAUGUGCGUCAUCGGGCAGCGUUCCGACUCUAGCCCGGCCUCUAUGUAUAGUACAUUUCAUGAGAAUUGGUAAAAAUAGCUGUGUCAAUUGGAGGAAUGCUCCUACCUGGACGGUGCUUUGUUAGUUCACUUUCUAAUAUUGCAUUUCUAAUUUUUUUCUUCUAAUAGAAAAGUAUUUAAUGUCCUUUUAUAAAUUAAUUAGUUACUUCCUCAUAGUGCAAAUUGUGACCUAGUAUUCCAUAUUGUCUGUACCUUCACUUUGAAGUUGAUGUAUAUAAAUUGUGAUAAUAAUAACCAUAGGUUGUAAGCAGGAGGCAGGUAUUGUCCUCCUAGUGAGGUUUAAUAAUAAUUAAAACAAAAAGGGUGCGACAUGUCAUUAUGGCAAGCCUCAGCUGAUGAAAGCUUUGUUGUUAUGGGACAGGACCCAAACAAGGUCAGUCUCACAACAGAAAACAUUGUCUGAGUCCUGUGAUAAUUUAAAUAACUGAGACCAGGCAAACUCAAGUACCUGAGAGAGUGUAAUACUAUGAUAGCAGGAGUCGAGGUCUUGUGUGUCCACAUGUUUUACUUAGGUUGGCAGAUUUAUAUUUUGUAGAACAGGUUAUUUAAUUUUAUCUUACUUAAAUAAGGAUGACCAGAAGUAUGUUGGUCUUGUGCUAAGUACUCUGUUAAAACUUCAUUCUCUUUUCUUAAGACUGUUCUUUUACCUGUAUGUAGACUUUUUACUCUGUGGCCACAGAAGAUCAGCUCCUAGUCUGCUCUGAAAGUUCCCUCCCUAAAGAGAUAAAUAAUAAGGGAGCCAAGUUCAGUAGGUAAGUCUCUUCUUUUAAAACUGCUAUAUUCAGGGACUGCAGUGGUUGGUAUCAGCUCUCACUAUGAUGCAUAUUUAGUGAAGAAUUCUUGGUAUGAAUCAUUGUUUUUAUUUCUUUAUUCUCAGUGCUUUAACUUCGUCAAGUACUGUGUGCAAUGGUAUAUGAUAGGGAUUUCUUCAGUAUUAACUAUUGUUUACAGUCUUUGAUGUUGUUAACUUUUUAUUUUUUAUUUAUUUUAUUUUAUUUUUUUUUUGCUUAUUACAUACAUGACUUAUUUCUUACUAGAGUCCUGGAUAUCUAUGCAGACUCAAAACCCUUCAUGAACUACUAGUCGUUUGUUUUUCCUUGUCAUUCUUGGAUGUACAAGAUGUAAAUUGUAAGAACUGAAGAUUGGAUCUCCAUUACUGAGUAAUACGCAUUAAAUUGUAACCUAGAAGUAUUCAUUAGAAAUGCUAUAACAGGAAAUUUCUUCCUAAAUAUAAGCAGUGCAAAGUUAGCUUUUUUAUACUUUUGUAUGUUGAACUUUGUACAUAAAACUUCAUUAUUUUCAUUUCUGCUACUAAUCGUACUCUCUUAUUAAGAGUACACAGAGUUGAACCAGCAGAAACACUGGCCUGGAAAAUAUCUUGGCUGUAAAUAUUGUAUUAUUCAUAGAUUUUUUUGUAUGAAUAUGUAAUUAAAAACAAAAAUACGAA